GUGUCGCGCUUGUUUAAAACAGAGGGGGCAGAUUGAUCUCUGCAAGUCGCUUCGAUUAAUCAAUCCCGAUCCUCCGCUCCUCUGCAUGUGGUGCUCUAUGCGAUGGCUGCUGGCAGUUAGGAUGUGGCGCCCAGUUGGUUUGGUCGCGCUUUUUUCCAUCUGCGUGGUGGCCGAGGCCCUUAAUUCGCAGAGUUUGCCUCGCAAUGGCAAAAAGUGGGCUCUGCUUGUAGCGGGAUCAAAGGAGUUUUACAACUAUAGGCACCAGGCUGAUCUUUGCCACGCAUAUCAGAUCCUUCGAGGCAAUGGAAUUCCUAAUGAAAAUAUCAUCGUAAUGAUGUUUGAUGACAUAGCUAACAGCAAAGAAAAUCCAACGCAGGGCGUGAUUAUAAAUGAACCUGGUGGCUUCAAUGUCUAUGAAAACGUCCCCAAAGACUACACUGGAGAAGCAGUUAACUCUUCGACCUUCCUCGCAGUUUUACGAGGGGACAAGGAUGCGGUCAACGGAAUCGGCUCUGGUCGCGUUUUGGAAACCGGUCCCCACGACCACAUCUUCGUCAAUUUCGUCGACCACGGGGCUCCCGGCUUGCUGGCCAUGCCCUCGGACGUGCUCUACGCCUCCCAGCUGCUGACCACUUUGCAGGAGAUGUCGGUGCAGAACAAGUUUGCAAAGAUGGUCCUCUAUGUUGAAGCUUGCGAGUCAGGCUCUAUGUUUGACGCUCUACUUCCCGACGAUACAAACAUUUUCGUUAUAACCGCGGCAGAUCCGCACGAAUCGUCUUACGCCUGUUACUUCGACAACCUGCGUAACACCUACCUAGGCGACGUGUUCAGUGUGAUGUGGAUGCAGGACACGGAGCAGGAAGACUUGGGUCGAGAGACGUUGCACCACCAAUUUGAGGUGGUGCGAUCGCGGACGAACACGAGCCACGUCGAGGAAUACGGAGACUUGAACGUGGGCGCCUCUUUGCUCAAAGACUUCAUCGGCUCGACGCCGGUCAGCAGCUAUCGGCGGGCCAUCAAAGCGCCGCUCAAAGACGUCGUCUCGUCUCGGGAUGUGCCCAUCGAGAUUGUUAAGAGGAAAAUGAGGGCCGAGUUAAAUGCCACGCGGAAACACGAGUUGCGGCAAAAACUGCACAGGAUGACAAAGCACCGAAAAGUGAUGGUCAGCCAGUUUAGAUCGAUCAUCGAGGCGGUGGUCAGGUCCAAGGACAAAGUGGAGAGCAUUAUUAACACAAGGAAACAGCUGCGAAACCUCAAGUGCUACGAGAGACUUGUCCAAUCAUAUGACAGAUACUGCUUCAACAUUGCUGAGAAUUCGCACUCGCUGAGCCAGUUGUACAUGUUUGUGAACGUCUGCGAAAUGCGACUGCCCGUGGAGGAGUUCGUCCAUGCGAUCAAGAUCACCUGCAGAAACAAUUCGCAGUCCGGAUUCUUCACAGACACCGUUGUUUGAAAAGUACAAUAUUGUAUAACGGCCACCUUUGCAGCUAGAGAAAAAUACAACGAGAGAAAAAAUACGACAAUCGUUAUCGAUCG